AAUUAGUAUUUGCAAUGAUUGAAUUCGAGAAUUUUGAACGGAUAACGUUGGCAGCUCUGAAGCGUCAAAAUGGAGUGCUAGCAGUUCAUAAAUGCAUUUGUUUGUAACCUAGUCCGUCCACUGAAAUGUGCUCCAACGUAUUGUUUAUCUGUGAUAUCAUAAUAUAAUUCUAUAUUUUAAUUACCCUAACUUGUUAAAAUGGGUGAUACUGAAUUAGUAGAUUUGCAUUCAAGUUCUAAGAAAGAAAUGAACUAUGCCUGGGGCAUUUCUGAAGCAGAUGAUGAAACUUCUAUCAUAAAACCCAAGCCUCGGAAGCGUUUAGAAACCGUAGUAGAAACUCCAUUUAAUCUACCUGUUUCGGAAACUUCAUCAACUGUUGAUGCUUUACCACCUCUUAGAAAACCAAUGCCCAGAAGGAGGAAACAAAAGGAAAUUGUCCUUUCCCCUAGAGAUCUUGAUAGCCCUGCAUCAAAGCCAUCAGCUUCUGAUUCAGGAUUUGUACUUUCUCCGGGAAGAUCAUCUGCUGCCAGUAGUCAUAGAUUAGAAGACAAGGGAAUUUCUGAAGCAGAUGAUGAUGAUUCUGUUGAAGUAAGAACAAUAGCCUUCAGGCCUCAAGAAGCAAUUGCAGAGACAUCUUUUGAUAAUCCGGUACAACUGGCAACUUUUUCCCCAGUUCAUUCAUUUAAGAAACCAGUUCCUUCAAGGAGAAAACAAAAACUUUUUUCUCCUCCCCAAGAAUUAGCAAGUCCAGUUUCCAAGACCUCAACCUCUGAACAUGUUCUUGUACAUUCUCCAGGAAGGUCAUCUGUUAGUAGCAGAGGCAGAGGAGAAGAAAAGGAUUCAGGACCCUCUAGCCUUCCUGCGAGAGCAGAUACUCCAGCAAGUAUAAGUAGUCAACACCCGUCUGUGGGUGAGACAUCCUUAGAUGGUAGUAGGAGUUUGACAUCACAAUCUGAUACCAGAUCAUAUCGAGAGAGAAUAAGAGAUCGUGUGCGAUCUGAGAGGGAUAAAGCAGCAUCUGGUAUCGUGCAAGCUCACCAACGGUCACGUCUGAAGCAGAGACUCCUUGCUAAGCCUGCAACUUCUCGCUUUGAUUUGAUAGUAAGUGGAAAGAAAGAACUUGAUGCUGCAUUUGUUUUCUAUUUCAGUUUCAAGUAUUUCAGUAUUUUGAAAACAGUUUCUCUGCAGUUACAGAAAGAAGAAAGACAAGUAGAAGAGGCCCUGCAGAAGCAUGAAACAACUCGUUCAAAAUGGAAAAGUGCUGCUGAAAAUCUCCGCAAGCUACCGAGUGAACAGGAGUGUUACGAUUUCUUCACCCAAGUAUGGGAUUCUGAAACAGAGGAAACAGAACCUCAUACUCCAGCUUCAGUUCAAGAAACUGAAGAGAUUGAGCAUGAGGGUGGAGAUCAAACUAAACUUAUCACAUCUGAAUAUCUUGGAUUGCAAGAUGAAUGGGAUAUAGUUGAGGAUACAAUUCCCACAUAUUUAAAUAUGGAAGAAGUGCAUGAAAGAGAAAAAAUUCUUUACUUUUAUCCUGAUUCCAAAUUAGUGCCUGUUGAAGCCAAAUUGCCUCCAGACCAAGAGCCUCGCUAUCCUGAAGCGGAAGGCUUGUAUAUAGGAACUCAGCUGCCUUUGUCUGGACGAAAUAGAUGUCGAGUGGAGCAAAGAAUUUUAGUUUCUGGUGAAUUAAAGUGGUUUGGGGAUGAUGGUGAAAUCAUAUCAAUACCAGAUCCACGUAGCACAAUAUAUUACAAACCUCCUUUAUUUGAUGAUGUCAGUCCUCUGUUGGAAACUCAAUACAAAGAUGCUGUUCCUUUGGAUUUGGAUAAACAUAGUGUUAUGCAGCCUAUUGACCUCAACACAAUGUAUUUACUUGGAAUAGAAAUACAGUCUAUAGUUUUCACUCACCACCCAUUGUUCAGUCGUGAACACGUUCUAGCUAAACUGCUUAAAGAUUUGUAUGAGAAACAUUGUCGCAGAGUAUCAUUGAAGAAUGAGGAUAGAUUGGGAGGUCGUUUGCAAGCACUUAGAAGAGCACGAAAUGCUUUGCGGAUUUCCUUGGAGAAAUCUGCAGAUACUAGUCAAGAACAGAAAGAACGUUUAAGAAAAUACAAUACAGAAAUUCGAGAAGUGCGUCAAAUGCACAUGUCUGAAUGUCGUCGUGAUCGACAAUUACUUGGUAGUGUUUUACAAGCAUGGAGAGAUUUAAAAGAAGUUCGUGAGCUUCAGCAGUACAUUAAUACACCCUAUCAGUUGCGAAUCCAUGCACAGCAAAUAAGCAGAGAGGAGGCAGAUGCCGAACAAGAGGAAUGGGAGAAACUUGUCCAGGCUGAGUGGGAAGAUUUCAAGGAAGAGAAGACAGAAGAGUUCACUAAACAAAAGAGAGAGUAUAAGAAGGUUCUUGCUCAAUGGAAGAAAAAACGAAAGCAUAUGCAGAAGACACGAAGACAACAACAGAGGGAGAAGGAAGAGUCAAUUGAGAUGGAUGAUGACUCUACAAAAGAUGAAGACAGUGAAGAUGAGGUGCCAAUGGGGAAGGAACCCAAGCCCCCCAAUCCAAUUGAUUGGUCUUCCCUGAGAAACGAGUUGGAAGGGCAGCUCAAAGAGUGCUUCCGACCUCCAGGAGAACCUAAACUUUUCUUGGAACUUACACAAUCAGCCACUAUUACAAUUGAUUCUGAAAAUCCAAGAGAACAACAGAGGAGAGCAGCAGUGAAGCGAUGCUCUCUCUUCAUUCGUUUGUUGUACAAUGGUCAAGAAGUAUGUCGAACAAAGAAUCAACCUUUAACUGCCCAAUUUGAAGUGAUCUUAAAAGAAAAAGUUGCAAUGCGUAUAGCAGAGUGGCCAGAGAGCCUAAAAGUGGAGCUAUAUGAAGAAGGUGGCUCGUUCGGACGGCAUGUUGUAGCUGAAGUCUUUAUUCCUAUUCCCAGUCACACUACUGCUAUGGAAGCUGUACAAAGUGAACCAUAUGAAUUCAGCAAUACUCAGGUGAUCACUUUCAGCCAUGCUGGUGUUGGCUGUGGUACCUACUCAAGUGUUCUUCCAUCCAGCAGAAAUAUUCCCUGUUUAUAUACAACAGGAGUUAUCAUGUGUUGCGCAGGAUGGGCCACUGAAAAAUCCAGUGGCAAAAUCCUCUCCCCUCCAGAGAAGUACUGCGGUUCUCAUAAGAGUGAUAGUGCUGAUCUAAUGGACAUUGUCAAUCUACCUGAGGGCACAGUUGAUAUGGAAAAACUGAGAAAAUGGGCAGAAAGUUCUCCACUUGACCCUAAUGAUCCUAGUAAUUCUUCCUUCUUUUACUGCUUGAAAAAUGCUAGUAUGGGACUCACAACAGAACCUACAUACUUCCGUCUGGAUCCGUUGCAAUCAGAGUUUGAUUUCUGCAGAAUGGAAGAUAUUAUUAACAAUCCUCGUCUGCGACUUUUAUAUCUAAGGGAUCGAGGAGAACCAGAAUUCAGAGGGUUGAGACAAGUUCCUAUUAGAGAGAAGGAAAUUUCAGAGGAUGUGUUUAAGGCCUAUGAAAAACGAUUGGCUAGUCCUCAGAUUGAAAUUGGAACUAUUUCUACUGAUCCUUUAGAUAUCCACCGAGCAUGGGGAAAAAGAUUUUUGCAGGAAAUUAGACAAAGAAUUUUGAAGCAGUGUCGUCAGGCUCAACAGUAUAGAAAACUUGAAGAUAUUGUAACAGAAGAUCAAGUUCCUGACAUUGGUACUCUUGGACUCACAUUUAUGCAGUGGCUUCAGCCCAAACGUCCCCUCAAACCAGCUCGCAAAGAACGUAAAAAAGUAACAGUACAAGGUUUGGGUGGACAGGAUGUUCGGUUAAUCAUAAAUGUUGUUCGAGCUUUUGAUGUUCCUGUGCGCAAGGAUAUUGACACAGUUCAGCAGUCAUCCUCUAGCGCAUUUCACCAGAGCCAAAAAUUUUCAACUGUUCCAGUCCGGCCGUUUGUUGAAGUGACUUUCCAGGGGGUAUCUAAGAGAACUACAACUGCUCUUGGCAACAAUCCAACAUGGAAUCAAGAUCUGCAGUUGCCAAUGAGACCACCUAGUGGAGAUUUCACCCCUGGUAAUUUGCAAGAGAUGCAAGACACUCUUCACCUCCAUCUCUUUGACGAAAUAGUGGUUGAUCUCUUAGAAGAUGAUCGUAUGCGUGAUACCAAUAUUCAUCAGCGUUUAGAGCGUCACUGGUUGGGCAGCCUGUCUAUUCCCUUUAUCACACUCUACCACAAUGCUCGGAUUGAAGGUACAUUCAAGCUAUAUUCUCCUCCUGUGUUACUGGGUUAUGAACGUGAACCUCCACAUCGCCAAUUCAGUGGUUACGUAAAUGAAGGUCAUUCCUCAUUUUCACACCAAGAUUCGACAUUUCUAACAAUUUUCAUAUCAGUUCAGCCUGCACUCAAUCCACCUGAACCAUUUAAGGAACAACUGGAGUGUGGAGAACCACCGUAUCUACAAGAACAUUUACAGAAUUGGGAGCAGGAAGUAUUAGCAUUAUAUCCACAUCGAAAACCCAAAACUCUGGUUGUAGACAUUAGUGGCAAAUCAAUGUGUGUAACAAGAUUCAUUCGAGCCAUUGCUCCUCCAGAGGUCUUGGAAGGAGAAACAACGAAUGCUCACAUGGCUGCUCGAUUUGUGUCAAUGAUACCCAGUGUAGCAGGCAGUGUAUUAUUUCCUGGUCUUUUUGAUAUCUGGCUUUCAAGUGAUCAAGUCCUGAGACUUCUCUCUGGAGAUUCAGAAGACCAUGCUGUGCUUCUGUGCUGUUAUCUCCUGUAUAUGAGGCGUAGAGCAUGGGUGUUGUUGGGCACAGGCAUCCCCCAUGGUCCCACCGCAUAUGUUCUGGAGCACCGGGGUGAAGGAGAGUACUGUCUCUGGGAUCCAGCCUCUGGCCAGUUUUUUGAUGUACACAGCAGCUUCUGCCCUUUACGUAAAGUUUUCUGCCUCAUUAAUGAUGAAAAUAUUUGGGCAAAUGUUCAAAAUGUUGAACUACCACAGCACACAAAAUUUGAUGUAAACAAACGUUCUGACUGGUGGCCAGCAUUUGGAAGAGGAAUUGGAUCUCCAACUACUAGCAUUCAACCUCAAGUUCUAGAAUACAAUAACACAUCUCCAGCUGCCGUACAGUUUUUACAAGAUAAAAUAGAGAAACAUCUUCGAGACAGUCUUGUCAAAUGGAGGAGGACUGCUAGGACAUAUUGGAAUCGCUAUUGUGUAGCCAUUCUUCGAAAAUUGCUUCCAGCCCUUGAAAGAGAGACAUGGAAAUUGGAUUCAGCUGGACAGGUGGAUCAUAUUCAUGAACUGCAACACAUUCUUGGCUCUCACAAGAUGUGUGGUUUUCCCAUCAACAUGCCAUAUACCAAUAUGGCUGCAUUAACAGAGAGUGUAAGAUCAACUGGCGUUUAUUACAUCGAGAGUCCAGAAGUAGAAUUUGCUCUUGCUGUAUAUAUUCACCCAUAUCCCAAUAAUGUGUUGUCUGUUUGGAUUUAUGUUGCAUCCCUCAUGAGACGUCGUUAAUAAACAGUGUUAAUUAUGUAUAUAAUGUAUGGUUGUUACAAGAUAAAAGAAAUUAGUUUCACGAAAUGGAUCACAAAAUUAAUUAGAAAUAAAAAAUGUUUCAUUGAGCAAUGAUGUGUGGAAUUAUAAAAAAGUUGCAAGUCAUAGUUGCUUAUGAAUCAAUGAUCUUGCUCAUUCUAAAAUGGAGACAAAAAUGUGAAAGUUUCCAAAUAAAUUAUUUAGAUACUUAGACAGUAAGAAAAAUAAAAAAGCUAGUCAAUUUUUUUUAACCGUGGAGGUUUCAAUAAAAAUCACCAAUAAAAGAUCGAAACUAAGUUGUGCGUUCUCUCUCCAUUCAUUAAUUUCUUUCUGUCCUCAGGGUUCUUAAAUUCUUAAGACAUUGUAGGACUAACAUAUUCCUCGUAUAUUUUUAAGAUCCUUUUAAUUCAUUGUGCAUGAGGAAAAGAAACUGAUGUUCUUCCUGCAAAUUUAACAAAAGGGAAUCUGAAUUAAACAAUAUUUAAAUGAUGUCAGAUUUGAAAAUAAAUAACUUCCAACCUGUAUCGAGAGUAAUGGGUAUACAAAGAAAAUAAGCAUGAACUAGGUGUAGAGAAAUUAUUUUAUUUACACUGCAUGACUUGUGCAUAAAUCGAUAUUCUGCAAUAGCAAACUUCAUUAUAUUAUACAUGCAUAUCAGAUAAUAAAAUUAUUUUAUAUAAAUUUUAUUUCUUUAUAUCUAAGCUGCACUAGACACUCCCACAAACACACUUACCUACCCGUGAACAACUAAAAUACACCAAGUAUGUACAAAAUUAUUCUGGGCAAUUCAAUAUAGCACAUUACUAUGAAUAUUAUAUUAUCUUACCAAAUUCAGUCAAUGCAAACAUGCAGUUAAACAAUCUUUUAUUGAAACAGUAAAGACAGGAAAUACUGGUCUAUGAUGACUGGGCAGUUGGUGCUCUGUACUAGGAAUAGAGACAUGUAAUAUUUUAGUAUAAUCCACAUUAGGCGCAAAGAGCUGUAUUUAGAUAUAUAUUUCCGAUUGCAAGAAGCAUGUCUUUCUACUUUCUUUGGGUUCUUCUUCCCACUGUUUCCCACUACUGUGUUCUUACAAUACCCAAACAAAGUUUUAGAAGAGUAAGAAGAAUAUAUAAUGGCCUGUACCCAAGCAAUAUUCAUGUGCUGUAUAAAGUGUCUAGAAGAAGCAUUUAUUACUGACACAGUCAGUUAGGAAUGGACAAAAGGCAAGAAAACACUAUCACAAGUUAAGAUAUUCUUAUUUCUGGUCCAUAGUAAAGUCCAAAACUUUUGUGAUGAAUACUGUACUAUUAAAAGCUGCCUCAACUUGUACUUCCUUUUCUUUUGCAUAAAUGUUUCUAUUGAAUUUUGAGAUGAAAAAUUCAAAUUAGUGAAACUAGGCAUUAAAAAUUAUCCCGUUUAAUCUGUAACAAUGAAAAAAAAAGUCUCUUGGGAAAUAACAUAAUUAAACUAUAUAGGAAAAUCAAUAACAUUUCACUCUAAAUGACUAGCAUCCGUUUCACUCUCCAAAUUUACAACAAAUGCUAACAGAACAUGAAAUCUUACAUCAACAUUGAAUCAGGAAGGAUCAGGAAUUAACAACUUUCCUCCUCAUUUUUCUGGGACAUUUGGGCUUUCAUGAAUAAUCAACCUUUUGUCCAUGGCUCUGGACAAUUAACGUUAAAUUUAUGAACAUAUUACUUCAGUUUCAAUUUUAACUGAAGUAUUCAGUUCUUUUACUUUUAUCUUGCAGGCAGACCACAACCUGAGCCAUGACUAGUGAAUAUUAAAACUAGAGAUAUUAGAAAUUUCAGAUUUCUAUCUCCUCUAAACUGUAACAUUUUAACGAUUUUCUGUAACAAUAUAAUUUUCAACAUUUUACAAAUUGCUCAUAAAAAGCAAUAACGUGGUGGUCAUAUUCUCCAAAAUUAUUAAAUGUAGUUGGUAUCCAGUUCCUAUGUCUAACCAACUAGUUUUUCAUACAAAUUUCAUUAUUUUUUGUAGCAGUGGUUAAAAAAUAUUUCAGAAACCUAGUAACUUGUGCUAACAAGUUCUCAUGUUUGUGGAAGAAAGGUAGUGCCAGUUGCAAUGUACCAGGUAGAUUAGUGAGCCCACAUUAUCAAGUUUAACCAUGGUCCCUUUCUAUGCCUUUGAGCAGAGCAAUCAUAUUUUCAAGGCCAAAGAGGAACCCUUGGUCAGGUCCUGUGUAGACAACAGGAUCAUCCAACCCCUUGUGGGUUGAAUGGGCAAAGUCGAUCAUUCGUACAUCGACUAAUGGUUCAGGAGUGGCAGUUUUCGGCAGUGGUGAUAAAGGAGUAGACAAAGAUGAUUCUCGGGGUGAGCUGUUUGAGCUAUGAGCAUCCUCGUACAUCACAGUACUGCUACUACAACGUCGAUGAUGACUAGCUACUAUGGCUGGUUCUUCACUCAAUAGCUUUUCAAAUGAUCUAUCUAAUAAUGGAGACAGAGUCUCAACACUUGAACUGCGACGUCCAAGCCCAGCUAUUCGUUCUUCACUUCCCAUUCGACUAAGUUCACAUUGUUUAAAGUCAAAACUGGUGGCUUCAGGUGCUGGAUUUGUGCAAGACUCAUCUCCUUCAUAGAGUAAGAGCAAUGAUGUUGUGUAGAAUCGGACAGCAUCCUGUCUAGCAAGAACUACAACUAACUCUUCCAAGCGUCGUAUCAAUGGUGACAACACGUCAGAGCGCAAACGAGACCCAUUAUGUAGAAACUGACGUAAUGCUUGCUGGAAACCAGAGACAGACAGACUUCGUCCAUAAAACUUAUUUCUGCAGAGAAAGCGCCGAGUUGUUACUUGAUAGACCUGCAUUCCUCCAAUUCGUGCUCCCAGUUUUCCUGAAGUUGUACUCACUACUUUGUACAUUUUACUUUGCUUUUUUGGAAGGCUAGCAGUAUCUCCAUAUUGACGGGUUCCCAUCUUGAGGUCUAAUAUACAAGGAAAAGUAAAUUUCCAUGUCAGGUUCUCAAGUAAUAUAAAAUCUGGAGCAUUGUUUUCCGAGUCUAUAUCUGCAAUCAGGUUUUGGAGUUGUGUGCGGUGACAUUUCAACACCCAAGGAUUCAAAGCAACACCAGUUGAUGUCGACCCUUUUUCUGAAGAACCACAGUCUUCACUUGUAUUCAGUUGUUCACCAUCAAAUAAUUCAAUAGCCUCUCCAUCAAUUUCAAUACUUCCAGACCGGCGAAUUCUCACACGACUGUACCAAUUUAUCAAAUACAAAUUCCAAUAAAAGUUCCAUUGCAAAGAUUAGUAAUCAAGAAAACGAUGGGGACAUUAAUUUAACAAUGUGGAAAGUGCAACUAUGAGACAUCACCACUACAACACUUACCAUGAAUGUUGCCUUACAGGUUACAUUACAAGAGUCAUGUCCAUGGCAGAUGUAACUGGUGAUGCUUGAAAAUCUGCUUCAAAGUUUUCUUGUUUAGCAUACCUUUUAUUAUUAGAUGUUUUGGGCUUGUAACAAUCUGGGGGAUUAGCAAUAAGAGUAACAUAACCUCCAUCCUCCUGCACAACUUGUACCUGAAUGACACCAUAAAACUUUGGAACAAAUUUUUGGACAGGUUCAGGCAACGUCUGAUAAAAUUUCAGCUCUCUGGGCACCAAUGGUUUACACACAGUGGCUUCAUCCAGGCACAGCAUAGAUGAAUGACCUCCAACUUGAUGAAUAAAGGGUUCCAAAUGUACAUAUUCGUUUUGAGAAGAUUCUUCCAUCAGCUAUUACGCUAUAAAAUUCAUGGGAUAAAAUAUCCCAAUCACACAAUUGCGGUCAGUCUAUUUAAAUGUACUCGACAGAAAUCAAGGAGCUCUCAAGUGUUAAGUGGUCGUGAGUGGUUGGCUAUUGGAGAUCUGAAAAAUCAAUAGUGGGCGUACAAUGUUUCUUCCGAACACACCCAUACAACAUAUCAUUAAUAUUUUGUUUAUAAAAUGUAAGUUCUGCACCAUGUCAUUUUAUUUGCUGUUGGACGCAGUAUAUUUGUAAUCAAAAUACACCGUGAUAUAGUAUGAAACUUCAACUUGGAAUUUAGCGUAAAACUACACCCUAAUACUGCAUCCAAUGAAAGAUCUAGAAAUACGUAUCUUGUCAAGCACCCAUAUUAUUUACAAAAGUAGCAUGACGUACGUUAACAUAAUAAAAAUCAAUGUUCUUUUAAAAAGGUAUAUUGUAGUUUCAUUGUUACGCAAACGUAUUAUAUUCACGUAUAUUUAAAUGAAUUAAGACGUAUGUGCGACUCGGUUUGUUCCAUGCGAACCUCACAGCUGAUCGACUGCUCAUUUCAUUCACAACCAGCGAGCAACCAACAUGGACGCUGUUGUUGUAACUUCGUAGUCUUUGGGGAAAGGGUGCUGGUGUCAGUGCUCGUGUUUUGUAACACCAAUAUUUUGGUUUAUCAUAUCUGUGAUUUCGAGUUAAUUAGAAUUAAUGGCGUUUAGUCAACGGAACGUAGGCCUUUAAGUGUUGUAUUAUGGAGGGUGGCAAGGUGUUACAACGGUGAAAUUUUUACCGAAGAUUAGCCGUAUUUUAGUGUCUGUCAAGUUGAAUUAGUUUAUUUACAGUUUUAUUUUAACAAAAGACCCAACAUUUCUGUCACCAUGGUGAAGGAAAAGCCCAACUCCACCCGGAUAUACGAUGAAGAUGGUUUUCGAAGACGAGCCGCUUGUAUCUGCGUAAGAAGUGAACUGGAAAAAGAGGUAUUUAUAGUUA